CGAUUGGCUAAGCUGAUGAUUGUCGGUUUGACAUCUUGGAAAGUUGGAGAGCUGAGUAUAUAACAAAAGUAAAAAAGAUCGAACGGAGUAGUGAACGGGGUAGUGGUAUCGCGGCGUAGUGUCAAAGUAGUUGGGAAGUUUUUUGUAGAUUGAUUCGGUACGAUCGACUGGUUCUCGCUCAUUCCGACGUAAAUUAUGGGGGCUUUUUUCAAAAAUUCCACAACUUGCAGAAAAAGUCGGAUCGGUAGAAUGGUGUCAAACUCAUAUUCUUAGGAAGCGUAUACUCAGUAAGAAGAGCGGGAGAUAAAUAUUUAACUAUACCAUACAAAUUUAUUACUUCUACAUACAUUUUCACAUUUGUAAAAGUUUUAAGACAUUCAGUUAACAAAUAAAGAAGUACUUACAUAAAAAAUAGUGAUUUUUAAAUUUCAAUAAAGAAAUGGGUUCGUCAAGACCAUCUGAUAGAUUCAUUGGAGAAGCUACAUUUUUACCUCAAUGGAUGAAAGGAAAAUUAGAUACCAGGUUCGAUUACACAGACAGUACUUUUAGUCCCCCAGCUGACGACAACUUCUUCUACAUCCGUUAUCCGAAGCAAGAAGCCACAUCCACUCCCUCCACCACUAAUAGCAACGAAGGUUUCAUAUCCAUAAAUAAGCUUUUUGGUAAUAAAAUAGAUUUAGACAGAUCGACAUCCACUAAACUGUUGUACGAGCAAAACAACAGUACGAACAAUAAAAAUACUCACUCGAGUGACUACAGCAAACAUCUAUUAUCCUCACAGCAAUUAACACCAUUCUCGACUAACGAAGGAAAUGGGCCGAAGGUCGUUGUUGCAAACUCUAUAAAGUCUAAACAGCAUAGCGAUGAUGAGUUUCGUAAUGAAAAAAUCACCGAGAGUAGCCGUUCGAUUGUGUAUGUAGCUAAUCAAAUAAUGUCGUGCAAAUUCGGCAAGUUCAACACCUCGGAAGCUUCGUCUUCGGCUGCUAACCAAAAUCAAGCCAACGAAUUACCAACUCAGCAGCAGAGGAAGGGGAGCAAGUCACUGCCAGUGACGCCGAUAGCAUCGCCGAGUGUCUCCCCGGAUAGUUCCCCCAAGUCGCGUCGUCGUCAGCGAUUGUUCCAUGAGAGCGAACGUGGCAGAAAUGGUUGGCUGCUCAGCAGCAUCCUUGGACAGUCGCGCGAGCUCAUCGCCCCGAAGAUCGCGGAGGAGGACGAGCAGCAGAUGGAGCAGAUUCCGCAGCGGGCGCUCAGCCGUAAGAAGUCGAUAUCGUCCCAGAACUUAACCUAUUUCGGGACCGAGGAUAAGGCUACGGGUAAUAAGGAGGUCGCCGCUAGUUCCACAACCCACCUGAACCUUCUGCAGGCGAAGCCCUCGGAGUUCCGUGAGAUGAACUUCUGGUCGCCGACGUCCAUGUAAAGCGGGCGCUGCUCAUCUCACCCAUGCUCUACCCAAGAUUUCCAAACAUUUUAGCGAUUAUUAUCGUUUCAAUAUAUGCAUCGAAGCUGCGGAACAUAAUUAAUUAAAAUGAAAUUUGAAAGAUUGUUGAUUAAAUAAAGAUAAAUACACUUUUCUUUUUCAUAUCGAAGAACGUAUUCGAGCCCUAUCUUUAAUCGACAUAUUUUUAAAUCCCAUGAGUAAGAUAUCAGUUAUAGAAAGAAGAAUCCUACUCAGCAUUGCACUGAGCAUUAAUUUUAUAUAACUUUAUUGGCAAUCGUUACAAAUUCAUUCUUUAUGGCCAUACUUUAUAACAUCGAAAUUUACAGUACGAUUAUUAUUAUGUCUAGAGAAAUGUUCUCAUGACGCAAUUAUCUUUUAUAACACGCAUAUAAUAAUAUUUAUCUCACAUUCUUAAAUAAUAAGUU